AUGCACGAAAGCGGCGCCGCAGCAUUGGUCACGCCCAUUACGGAGCUCAUACUAGGUCAAUGUCCCGCGAGCUUCGAUACUUCUUACAUUGCGCUCCAGGCGAAACGAGCCAGCACCAUUAUGGGCAUGGUAAGCGGAAGCGCCCAGCCGGGGCACGAUCAUGUCGACCCCGAAGACGCAGACUCCGACGACGAAGAACCUUUCCUCGAGAACCACGUGAACGACGAUUCUGAUGACGACUUUGAGCCGAACCCGCGCGACGCGUGCAUACGAGGGUUCAUGGAAAACUUGAUGCGACAGGAUAAAGAAACAAUACGCAUUCUUCUCUCAGAAGCGCCCGAGGAGAUCUUCUCGCAUUAUCCUCAUCUAUCGGAGCCGUCCGAGCUGGAUGACCGGACAGUCCUGCACAACCUGGUCGACAGCUUCACGAGGAUAGCGGUGAAGAAGGAAACCAAAAAGGUCGUCAUCCUCAGGGCCUUAUUCUCGGCCAUCACGGUCGUCACGUCGCACCAUCCGGAACUCCUCUCCGUAUCCGCGAGCGGGAAGACGCCCUUGUACUCCGUGAUACGAUCCUGUUGCAAGAACCCCGACGAGAAACUCUUUCGCCUGGUCCGCCAAGUAAUCUUUAAGUGCAAAAGACCCAAGUUCACUUCGGCGACCCCGGCAACGGCCGACACGAUCGCGGACGACGAUGCCGGCAGCAAGGAGAACGACGACAAUCACGCCCAGCCAAAUAACGCAGAACCCCAUCCGCUAACUAGAGCACUGCGCGUCAAGUGCUUUGAUACCAACCACGGGAAGGGGGAGAACGUGCUUCACCUGGCAUUACGCAACCACUGGGUUUUUAAAUCCAAUAUGAAGGCCCUCGUGAGGUUGGCAUCUAAUGCAGAUGAAGAAACCGUCAUCCAGAAAGACUGGGAUGGCUUCAGCCCGCUACACUAUGCAGUCAAGUACGAUUGGUGCUCAGAGGAUCAGCUCAAAAUUGUGAACCAUCUACUCCAGCACGGGGAGUCCGCCACUCUCAUCGAGGAAGAACGGGCUGUUCUCGACAUUCUCACCAAAGACGGGAUGUCCGCCUUACAGUAUCAUAUCUGGACGCGUGAUAAUUCUCGGAGACAGCAGCAACAGGUCUCGAUCACGAGCACAGCAGACAACAAACCGAAGCCGGCCCGCGAUGGGAGAGCAGAGAAUCCGGACGGCAGAGAGGGCCCGCGACCACCCACAUCCAAGGCAAAGCCGGGUGCUUCGGAGGCUACGUCUCGUGGCCGAGAAGCACAGUCGAAUAAUCAUGCCGCGACUAGAGAAGGAAGCGAACGGCCGACGCAGAGGAAGGGGGUCAACAGCGGACAGGCGGCCGAACCCCCGGUACGGCCUGGAGUAAGCCGAACUCUGACAGCUGGCCCGAAAGAGGCCGAGAGCACGACCACGGCUGCGGGAGGGAAAGCAACAAAUAUCAAAGACGAGCGGGAAAAAUGGUCCGAGAGGCUUCAAACACUGCUUAAAGUCCAAUGUUUACGAAAUCGAAAACGCGAAGUCGCCACGCGGCUCUUAUACGGCAAGAACCCUGAAGCUAAGGCAUUCGUCCAAGAUAUUCAAACCUGGUUCGACUACCAAGGCGGUGCGGAGCGGUUCACCGAACAGGCCUUUGUGAACCAGUUCGAAAAAGUCACCUUCGAAUCCGUCCUCGAGUAUGUCGCGUUUCCCCCGGUCUGGAUACGAAGAACGAAACGGCAAAUCAACAAUGAGCAGCUGGUGGAGCGUCGCGGCCGUUCAGACAUGGAGUUACUCUUCACGUGGCUGCGGGAGAAGAAGAAGGUCCAACGCAUCCUGAAAGUGAUCGUCGAAGACUCGGCCAGGGAACCGCACUCGGACGAGUCGAUAGAAAAGGCCCUCGGGAAGUUUGACGUCUUAUCGCUCAGCUGGUCAAAGCUAGACCUCGAUCCCGAGGUACUCUAUAAUGCAGCUCCUAAUCUCGAAGACGUUGUCCUCCAUUGGAGCGGGAACAACGCCAUCUUGCGAGCAUGGGCCGAGCCGCAAGGUCUGAGACGAUUGCUCAAGUUGAAAAAGGUUACACUCGUAGUAGACCAGGAGCAAGCACUCGAGUCCAGAGAGCGACUGGAGACCAACCUCGAGAAUUUCAAGAAUAGGUUGAAGGAGGAAUGCCCCGCAUAUCUCAAGGAUUGGAAGCAGAAGAGUGGCAGCGUUAAGAGCAGCGAAACAGGGGUUUCCUCUCUGCCGGCAGUUUUAGAAGAUCCCACCCUGCUCUAUCACACCGUCGACUGUCACUAUGAGCUCGAAGACAGCUUUCCCCGCCAGCCUCAAGCCUCAGUGGUCCCGUUAGGUUCUAAUGUCGAGCGACCGACCACCUCGAACCUGCCGCAGACAUGGCUGAAGGCCGUCGACGGAUUCGCCGAACGCAUCAGCAACGUGUGGGAACGAAUCCUCAUGGACAGCAAACCAGCCCCGGCGAACCGCCCGAAUGAAGCCACGCCGGCCAACACUUCCGCGCCUCGGACUGGUAAUUCUCUUCCGAACGUUCGGGCGCCCCAUGACGUCAUCAUCGCGCUGAUCGACGACGGCGUGAACACAAUGACCGAACACCUGUCGCAGUGUAUGCUGCCCGGCCGCACAUUCGGCUUCGAAGGCGACCGCAACCUCCCCUGGUACGCGUCCGAGACGGGCCACGGGACCGUCAUGGCGACCAUGAUCACUCGCGUCUGCCCCAUGGCCAGGAUAUACCCGAUACGCCUGCAGCUGGGCGCGAAGAUAACGGCCGGUACCAACGCCGAAAUCGACAUCGACUCGGCGGCAGAAGCUAUCACGGCGGCGGUGAACCGCAGGGCCGACAUAAUCUCCAUAUCGUGGACCGUCGGUAAGCCCAAGGACGACAAGCUCCAAGACGCGAUCGAUUUCGCACUGGGGAAGGGCGUGUUGCUGUUCUGUUCCAGCGGCGACUCUGGCCACGGUGGUAACGCUCAGCACUACCCGGCCAAGUUGAGGCGGGACAAGGUGAUCAAAGUCGGCGCCGCCGAGCCUUCGGGUUCGCCGUACGACUGGGCCGGACCGAUAGAGGAUUUGGACUUCAUCUUUCCCGGGGUGGAAGUCGUCCAGAAGCAGAAGUUCCGCGGUCAAGCGAUGUCGACCGCAGUAAGGGAGAUUGAGGACAUGGAGCCGAAGACCGGGUCAUCCGUAGCCACGGCGUUAGGUGCUGGGCUGGCGGCUCUUGUCAUCUAUUGUGCUCGUAUCAACCAGAUGUUUGCCGAAGGAGAGAAGCUCAGCGAUGCCGAUGUGUCCAAGCUGCGGAAGUCUGACGUUAUGAUCAAAGCUAUUCGCAAUUUUGGCAUGAGCAGCUCAGACGUUACGAAGAACAAGUUUGUCGAUGUUUCAAGGAAGCUCGAGGAGGGAACACAGCAACUUCACCAUAAGAACCCAGGAUCUCUCGAAGCAAGAAAGAUCAUCGCGCGGCUGGCUCGAGACUUGAUUUCCGUCGUCUAG